AUGCUAUGGAUCUGUUGGGGAUCGAAUGACUCCAUAAUGUGGACCAAAAUCGUUUGGUUGCAAACCUGUAUUAAGAAUUCGUAUGAUUGGUGCAACAAGGCCAGCCUGUCUAUCUUGCCAAGUUUUGGACUUUGCUGUAACGUUGAUGCCAGAUUGUCGUUGUUUGGAAGCAGCAGUUCCAUGAUUGUCCGUACUGGCUCCGCUGGAGCAUCCAGUCUGAGAAACACCCAGGCGCAUACCAUGAUCAUAUCGUACCCCUCCUGUAUGACUCCCUCGAUCAGCUUCGAAGUGUCGAGCGAUCUAAGUCUAUCUGAAAAUUUUGGGUGUGUAAUGGUUUUGGUAGCCAGUUCGAGCAAUGCGUUUCUUUUGCUCGAUAGCGAGCUCUUGGAAGAUCCAACGAUCUCGAUGAUGAACUGGAUCUCCUGGUCAAACUUGCUGUUAUUUCCUGCCAUCUGGAGGUCUAUUGACGGCUGGAGGUUCGAGCUGACCGAUUCGUUGGCCUGUUGGUCAGUUUCCUCGUUCAAAUCUUCUCCCGCACGGAAACUUCUAAACGACCCGUAA